UCUCUUCCUUAUUUCGUUAUCUCUGAAAACAAUCGACUUCAAAUUGGAUCCCUAAAAAAUUGGAACCCCUGUACUGGGCGGCACUUGGCGGGAAAAUUUGGCGCCCAUGCCUCAAUCCCACCGCAAACCACAUUCAUUCAUAUUUAGAUGUUAAUGGCGGCAAUCUUCACAUUCAAAGCGGCCCUGCGCCCUCUCACCAUCUUCCCUCUCUCUCAUCCUUCUUCAUCUCUGCAACGAUUUAGCAAGGAGUCGAGGCGCCCGAGCUGGAGAAUGACUCAAGGAGAUACCUCACCAUCCAUGGAGCCCACUCCUAAGAUCCAGAAGCUCGAAGAAACCAGGGGCAACGGCGCCCAUCGAUCGAUCGAGGAGGAUGCCCUCCCUUUGCUCCGAGUGAAGAAGCUUUCUACAAAUGCAGUGCUGCCCUCUAGGGCUUCUGCUCUUGCUGCCGGCUACGAUCUCCACAGCGCUUCUGCUACUGUGGUUCCUGCUAGACGAAAAGCCCUGGUUCCGACCGAUCUGUCGAUCAGUAUACCACCGGGCACUUAUGCCAGAAUAGCACCUCGUUCUGGUUUGGCAUGGAAGCACUCUAUUGAUGUGGGAGCUGGAGUCAUUGAUGCUGAUUACAGAGGCCCUGUUGGUGUCAUUCUAUUCAACCAUUCUGACACUGACUUUCAAGUCUACACUGGUGAUCGGAUUGCACAGCUCAUAAUCGAGAAAAUUGUGACACCCCAAGUGGUAGAAGUCGAUGAUUUGGACACCACCCUCCGAGGCGUUGGUGGUUUUGGAUCCACAGGAGUCUAAUCUCUAUUUGCUUUUUUUUUUUUUCUCAUGAAGAUACCAUAAGUUAUCUAGCUUUUCCUGAAAAUUGUAAUAUGUCCCUGUUUUUGUCCAUGGCACAUAUACAGUGGUAUGCCUGUUUUGGGGAGUGGCCCUAAUAUAUUGAUGACUAUUCCAAUUGUGGUUGCAUACACCGCCAUGAAAUGGGAUUUAAGCUUUACCGUGAUGAAUGGUAUUGCUAAUUUUAUUGAA